CGCCGCACCUGAGCGCGCGGCCUCCAGUGCACACCGGGUCGCCGCUGAGGCGAACAGUAUCUCGCGAGUGCAGUGACUGUGACGUGCCACUUCCCGGAGGAGCUGCCCCGCGCCGGCCAGGAUAUCACUACAGAAGAAGACUCGACUCCCACCUGGCACAAUGCGCGAGUGUACGUCCUGGUGAGGGCGUGCGCGCGGGAUGGCGCUGCGCAGCGCGGCGGGUGCGAGGGGGAGGGCGUCGGACGCGACGGCCGCGCGCGCGCUGGACGAGUUCGACACGCUGGCGGGGCUGCGGCGCAGCGCCUACGUGCUGGAGCACCUCGCCACGUUCACGGUGACGCGCGAGACCGGCAUCGUGUACCCGGCCGACGGCAUGCGGCGGCUGCUGCAGCUGGAGAAGACUAAUGGAAUAUGGAGCCAGAAGAUGCAGCUGUGUUUAGAGGACCAGUGGGUUCUCGUGAUGGACUACGAGACUGGGUCGAUAAUGGAGCGCUUCCCCGCGUCGUGGGUGCACUCGCCCACCGCGUUCACGUCGCCCGAGCCGGCCGAGCUGUACAAUAACGUGCUAGCCUUCGUGGUGGGCGCGCCCGAGAGCGGCGGCGGCGGCGGCUCGCCCGGCGCGCGCAAGGAGCUGCACAUCUUCCAGUGCCACGACGUCGGCGCGCAGACGCUCGUCGAGGAACUCAACGCGCUCAAGGGGGUGGGCGGCGCGGGCGCGGAGGGCGGCCGCGACUUCGUGAUUGAACGCGAACGAGAGAGGGAGAGGGAAAGUGAGAUGGAGCGACCGAGGCGGCAGCAAAUGUCCGCCCAGCUGGCCCGAGCUCCGGAGCGGAGCGAGCGCGCGGAGCGCGGGGAGCGGGGCGAGCGCGGGGAGCGGGGCGGGUCGGGGGGCGAGCGGGACGACGCGUCGUCCACGGGCUCGGAGCGCCUGUACGAGCAGGACAUCGCCAUACUCAACCGCUGCUUCGACGACAUCGAGAAGUUCAUAGCGAGGCUACAACACGCAGCGGCAGCGUCCCGAGAACUAGAGCGGCGGAGAAGGUCGCGAGGCGGCGGCAAGCGCGGCGCCAACGCGGGCGAGGGCAUGCUGGCGCUGCGCACGCGGCCGCCGCCCGAGCGGGACUUCGUGGACGUGCUGCAGAAGUUCAAGCUGUCGUUCAACCUGCUGGCGCGGCUGCGCGCGCACAUCCACGACCCCAACGCGCCCGAGCUCGUGCACUUCCUGUUCACGCCGCUGGCGCUGAUCGUGGACGCGGCGCAGGACGCGGCGGACGGCCGGCUGCCGGCGCGCGUCGUGCAGCCGCUGCUGACGCGCGACGCGCUCAACCUGCUCGCCAACUGCGUCACCAGCAAGGAGACCGAGCUCUGGCACUCGCUGGGCGACGCCUGGCUCGUACCCAGGGAGCAAUGGAAGACGACGAUCCCCCCGUACCAGCCCGUGUUCAUGGACGGCUGGUCCCCGGACUACCAGGUGGACGACCAGCCGCUGCGGCGGGUGUCGCCGCGGCGCGGCGAGGGGGCGCGCGGCGCGCCGGCGGCGGGCGCGGAGGAGCGCGGCGCGGGGGAGGCGGAGCGCGGGGAGGGGUUCGGCUACGAGCGCGAUGAACCCGAUAUGUACGGCGAGCAGUAUGCGCCCUACACCAGGAAUGCGCGCACGUUGACUCGCGAGGAUUCCGUCUCCGCAGCUUCGUCUCCGGAGAGAGAGGCGCCCUACAGGAACGACCGGGACGAUGACGAACUGGGAGAGGCGUGGGCGCGCGGCGUGGCGGCGCGCGGCGGGCGCGUGGUGCGCGUGACGUACCCGCGCACCGCCAACAACGACAAGGAGCUCAGCGUGGUGCGCGGAGAGUACUUGGAGGUGCUGGACGACUCCCGCAAGUGGUGGAAGGCGCGCAACCGGCGCGGCGUGACGGCGCACGUGCCGCACACCAUCGUGGCGCCCGCGCUGUCGCCGCCCGCGUCGCCGCCCGCGCCCUCCUCGCCGCACCUCUACCCCAACCCCAUCUACACGCACUACCAGGAGGGCGGCGGCGGGCGCGGCUCGGGCGGCAGCAGCCCCACUGGCGUUGCGGUUCCAGAGCUGGUCCGGCGCGCGGAGAAGCCGCCCCCGCCCCCUCCGCCGCCGCCGCCGCCCCCGCCGGAGCCCCCGCGCCCCGCGCCCGUCGCCGCGCCCACCAAGACAGACACCAUGAAGUCGAGCAAGUCGGCGAGCUCGCUGCACGAGGAGCUGAAGAUGGUGCUGCCGCAGAUCCAGCAGCGCAAGCUGGACAUCAAGAAGACGCCGGACAUCUUCAUACACCAAAAGUCCAACCCCGACGAGGUGGUGGAGUGGCUGGAAGCGAAGGGCUUCAGCGGCACGGCGCAGAAGCAGCUGCGCGUGUCGGGGCACCAGCUGUUCGCGCUGUCGCGGGCGCAGCUGGAGCGCGUGCUGGGCGCCGACGAGGGCAGGCGCCUGUACAGCCAGGUGCUGGUGCAGAGGAACGUCUCCGGGUACAAGACCACGUCGGCGUCCGAGCUGGCCAGCAUCCUGCGCAAGCUGCGCGAGAAGGUGGAGGUGUCGUGACGGACACGUGUCGUGUCCGGCGUCGUGUCGUGCGGCACGACGCGCUUCGAGAUGACGAUAUGGAGGACGCGAGAGAGGCGCUGGACGUGCCUGAAUAUUUAAGAAGUUCUUCCUUUUGCUAGCGACGCGGACAUCUGG